UAGGGCUCCUUUAUAAACCCUAAGGUUUCGAUAAUUAGGGUUUCACUUUGCUUCUGCUGUCUGCUGUACGCUCUUCUUCACCGCCUGAGAUUUGAAUUCGUUCAUUUGCUUGUUCAAGACACCUAUCAAGAUGCAGAACGAUGAAGGUCAAAACAUGGAUCUUUACAUUCCCCGAAAAUGCUCUGCCACAAAUAGGUUGAUUACCUCCAAGGAUCAUGCGUCAGUGCAGAUCAACGUAGGGCAUUUGGACGAGAGGGGUGUUUACACCGGUGCAUUUUCCACUUUUGCCCUUUGCGGUUUCAUUCGUGCCCAGGGUGAUGCCGACAGUGCUUUGGACCGUCUCUGGCAGAAGAAGAAAGGCGAAGCUCGUCAAUAAAGAGCCAUGUGUUUCUCUUAGUCCAAACUUUGUUUUACCUUAAGUUUAAUACUGCUGAUUUAUGGAUUUAUCUUGUUUCACUAUUUCCUUGUCAGAUCUUUCGUGAUUUGUAGACUCUUCGAAAUUUACCUAUUCCAUUCAACCUUUUUGUGCCGUUUACUACAC